AUGAUGAGGGUGUUCCACAUCCCAGUCACCGUGCUGGUCAUGCAAAAGAAGAAGAAGAAAUUUGUCUACGGGACACCAAUGAGCAAGAUGCUUCUUUCUCAGUUCCUAAAAGAAAUGGUGAAGGGUGUUAAGAGGGCUGAGUAUUGCCUCCUCACUGUCAUGGCCUAUGACCGCUACAUUGCCAUCUGCAAGCCCCUGCACUACGGGAGCCUCCUGGGCACCAGAGCUUGUGCCCAGAUGGCAGCAGCUGCCUGGGGCAGUGGCUUUCUCAAUGCUGUCCUGCACACGGCCAAGACAUUUUCCCUGCCCCUCUGCCAAGGCAAUGCUGUGGACCAGUUCUUCUGUGAAAUUCCCCAGAUCCUCAAGCUCUCCUGCUCAGAUGCCUACCUCAGGGAAGUUGGGGCACUUGUAUUUAGUUUUUCUUUAGCAUUUGGUUGUUUUGUUUUCAUUGUGGUGUCCUAUGUGCAGAUCUUCAGAACAGUGCUGAGGAUGCCCUCUGAGCAGGGCUGGCACAAAGCCUUUUCCAUGUGCCUCCCUCACCUGGCUGUGGUCUUCCUAUCUGUCAGCACUUCCAUGUUUGCCCACCUGAAGCCCCCCUCGAUCUCCUCCCCAUUGCUGGACCUGCUGGUGUCACUUCUGUACUCGGUGGUGCCUCCAGCAGUGAACCCCCUCAUCUACAGCAUGAGGAAUCAGGAGCUGACAGAUGCCUUGUGGAAACUGAUCUCUAGAUGUGUUUCAGAAGAAUAA